GGGGGGGGGGCCUUCCAGACUGGAUGGGCCCAGCGAUGCCUUGAUGGAGUAUGGGCCAGGUUUUAGGAUUCUCCCACUGCCAGGAAUAUGGCUCUGUGGCGUCCACUCCAGACUCAACACCUCCGUGCACCGAUGGCGGAAACGAGGAGUCCGAGAUGUACGAGCUGCAAACAGCCAGGGAGUGGUCUGACGACGAGGAGGGUGGGGACGGAGAUCCAGAUGAUGACGAGGGACUGGCUUCAUCCCCGUCCAUCUGGGGCACGCCGCGACAGAACUCCUUCGAGCUGACUUUCUCUUAUAUCGCCAUCGCCGAGGCUGAGGCAGUGGGAGCCUCAAGACACCUCCGUGACAGACGCAGGGGCGGCUCCCGGACUCGCAGUCCUCUGGUCCGCACGGACACCUUGGAGACACUGUUGGACUCCCCCGAUGUAGACUGGGACCCUCAAGCCUUCCUCAGUCGAGAGGAAGAAGAGGAAGCCUUGGAGAGGAGUGAGCAGGAGAGGGUGGAGGCCACGACAACAAGUGCGGCGGGAACGAUGGAAAGAGAGCAGCACAGGCAAAUUGAGACUAUUACAAUUCAGCCCUCUCCCCAAAAUCUGGACCCAGAAACUCAAGGGAGAGAUGCUGGAAUCCAAAGAGAGGAGAUUCAAAGCAGUACGACUGAGACUGUCCAGCCUCCCUCUCCAUCCCUGUCUUCCCAGCAGCAGAGCCCCAUACAGACACUUCAGGCAGCAGCAGCAGCAGCAGUGGCGGCGGCGGCGUCACCACCGACCCCAGAGCCAGAGUCUCCCCUCACCAGGGAGACCAUCUCAGUCAAGCUGCUCACAUCUGUGCGACCCAGAGGCCCAGCGUCCUCGUCGCCAGCUGCCAUUGGUUUAAACUCUCAGGAACAGCUGGUCAGCGAUCACUGGUUUUCAGCGCUUAACCUAUCAGAGGACUCGACAGUAUGCACCCACAUAGCAGUGAUGGACCUGAUCUACUGGAAGGACACGGAGCGCACAGGCAUGGUGCUAACAGGGCUGGUGGUGGGCCUGCUGUCCCUGUUCCAGCUCAGCAUCAUCACUGUGGUCUCCACAGUCUCCCUGGCUGUCAUGUGCUUCACCAUCUCAGUGCGCAUCUACUACCAACUCCUCUACGUCCUCAGCUGGGGCGAUGGACAGCACCCCUUCAAGUCAUACUUGGACCUGGACAUCAGUUUCAGUGGAGAGCAGGCUGACCUCUAUAUGCGGAAAGCCAUCGUCAUGGUUCUGUCUGCUGUUGACACUCUGAAGAGUCUCUUUUUUGUUGGAAACCUUUUUGAUUCUCUCAAGUUCCUGGUCCUGAUGUACCUUGUGACGUACCUGGGAGACUUGUGCAAUGGCCUUACUCUGCUCAUCAUCAGUUUGAUUGCUCUCUUUUCUCUGCCACUUUUCUACAGACAACGCCAGGAGCAGGUGGAUAGCUUCAUUGGUAAAAUCCAGGCCCACAUUGACAACGUCAAGGACACCUUUCGAAGACUUGCCCAGGGCGGUGGCCCUCCUCCUGACCCAACCCCUGGCGGCGCCAAACCAAAAGUCCAGUAAACACUGAUGAAAAAGAACUUAAAGACAAGCUCCCAGAGUUACAGGCUGUCACUCAGAUGUCUUACCCAGCCGUCUGUGCUCCAGAGAACAGAGCUUCAGAGACUGGGGAAGGGAAGGGAUAUUACUUAAACGGACGAUGAUGAGGAUUACGCAUGGUACUUUAUUCUCUAACUGUAUCUAAAUUAUGGGGUUAGAGGUCGGGGUUUGGGUUAAAACAUAAUCAAGGUGAAAUCAAGGUGUGUGAAUCCUGGAUGAGACUCUUGCUGCUGACGUCGGAGAUGGAAAGACUCAGCGAUACAGCUCGUCAUGUGUGACGGUCUUUGGAAAUAUUCAUUGUUUUUAAAAUGUUAAAGUGUCUUAGAUGGAGCUGUAAUCCAAAUGAGCUACUAAGACCAGAAACGGGAAGUUCUCACACUGACAGCUACACACCUGAGAGAAAGGGAAGUCAGUUUCUAAAGUGAUUUAGACUACAGGAGAAAAAAAAACAAACAAAAAAACAUUAUUAUUCAUGGCAGCAUAAAACUGGCAAAUAAGAAUGCAUGUGUCAGCACAUGUACUUUUCUGAAUGCAUAUUCAUUCUCAUGACUGUUUAUCUGUGUGUAUGCAAGUAUGAGUGUGUUUGUGUGCGUGUAAUUCCUGACAUACCGCUUGCUGAAAUGUUACCUACAAGCAAUUAAAGUCACAUUUCUUCUUUA